AUGGUUGACAGGGCUUGCUUUCGAUUCAGCCCUUUCCCCUCUGGAGCUGCGACAGGGAAGCGAACCCGACAGAUUGCCAGAUCACGGCGUGCCGCCCCGGAAAGCGACCAGUCACCUUUCGGCGGGCACCGCAGAAUGCAGAAUCCCAGAGGGAACUUGAAGGAAGCGAAGGAGUGGGCCAGUCAUGCAGGUGUAGGCCGCUGUCUUUCGGUCUCUCUCUUUCUCGUGGAUCCCACCGGAAUUGAACGAAGAACGGGAUUGGGAGAGACCGUUAGAGAAAGGGCUGGGCAUUUGGCUGGGAAAGCGGAGCUAAAACAAUUCCAACCCUGGCCUCAACUCCGCUGGAAGCCCUAUUCGAUGCAUGCCGCACGCGAGCUGCAGCCAUUCCCGUAG